CAAGAUUUGAGCCACUGGGCAUUUUGGUGUUGUAUCUUAAUGAGUAUAUGCGAAGUAUCCUUGUAAUUCACGCAAAUAAAAUUAGAUGGAGCGAGCACACCAUCACAAGACACACAAGUAAGACAACAACAUAAAGCCAGGUCUUUGUCUUCUUCUAUGUUAAUCUCGAAGGAGGGUAGAAAAUAGAAAUUGCUUGUUCUUCGCAGUUUUUUCUGUAAUGUUUGUGGGCAGAAUUGUUUGUUUAGUUUGAGAGAGAUUGUGGGUAUGGACGAGAACAGCAAACCGGUGUCGGAGAUUUCCUCGGAGGCCGAGCAGCGGUGGUCAACCGACGAGAACACGACGGAGUCAACCUCGGAACUGUCAGUCUUCGUGGAGAAACUGAGCCCAAUUCUGGCCGAAAUUCAGGACGACAAGAAUCUCUCGAGUGAUCCCACGAUCCAGAAGGCUAUUCAAUCACUAGAACAAGAGUUCAAAACUGCAAAAGCCUUAACCAAAAACCUGAACAUCCAUUCCUCGCCGCUGAAGCAGAUUGAUGACCAGACAGAGAAUCUCGGGAGGUCUUUGGGGCUUGUGCUGUUUGCCAGCCAUGAUAUGGGGAUAGCCAGGAGAGCAGAAAUGGAGGCUCUGCGCAAAGAGAUUAUGAAUUCCAGGUCUAAUUUCUGUUCUGAGAGAGAGUCUGAGUUCUCAUAUGAUCUGGAACUGGCAUCCAAGGAAAUUGUGGAAGAAGAAGAAGAAGAAGAAGAUAGGAUCACAUUAGAUAUUGAUGGUAUUGCUUUGCAGCUAAAGUAUGGCAAUGAUGAAGAACUCAAGCAGGCGAUUUUCGGGUUGAACGUCUUGAUUGGUGAGGGUGGAGUUACUAAAGAAGCUCUUGAUAAUGAAGAUAUAAUCCCAAUCCUGUUUAGUAGGCUAAGCACAAGUGUAGCAGAGAAUAGAUUGGCUAUAAUUCACACACUGAGAAUUUUAGUUAAUCAGAACAAUGACAGUAAGGAGAAGAUGGCGGAGAUUGGGUGCCUGUCGACGGUGGUUAAGUCGUUGACGGGGGACGUGGACGAGCAGCGAGAGGCGGUGGGGCUGCUGUCGACUCUCUCGGAGCUCGUGUCUGUUAGGAGAAGACUAGGGAGGAUCCAGGGCUGCAUUGUUAUGCUGGUUGCCAUUUUCAACGGUGAGGAUCAGGCGGCUUCUCGGGAUGCCGGGAAGUUGUUGAAUGCCCUUUCUGCCAAUACUCAAUAUGCUCUCCACAUGGCUGAGGCUGGCUACUUCAAGCCCUUAGUCCACUACCUAAAAGAAGGUUCUGAUAUGAGUAAGGUACUUAUGGCAACCGCGGUUUCAAGAAUGGAGCUAACGGAUAAAAACCGAGCUUCCCUAGGGGAAGAUGGGGCAAUUCAUCCUCUAGUGAAAAUGUUCAGCACCGGGAACCUCGAGUCCAAGCAAUCUGCUUUGAGCGCGCUGCAAAACCUGUCCGGUCUGAGCGAGAACGUGCAGCGUUUGGUGAAUUCGGGCAUCGUGGCUACUCUUCUGCAGCUCCUUUUCUCUGUCACGUCGGUCCUGAUGACCCUGCGGGAGCCAGCAUCAGCGAUUCUGGCGAAAAUAGCUCAUUCGGAAGGGUUGUUGGUGAAACCGGAUGUGGCUCAACAGAUGCUUUCGCUUCUCAACCUGACUAGUCCUGUCAUCCAGUGCCAUCUCCUGGAGGCACUGAAUAGUAUUGCUUCGAAUUCGGGUGCUUCGAAAGUGAGGAGGAAAAUGAAGGAGAACGGGGCGAUCCGGCUGCUGUUGCCUUUCCUUACCGAGACUAAUGCCAAGAUCAGAACCGGGGCUUUACGUUUGAUUUGUCUGCUCUCAGAGAAUAUGCAAGGGGAGCUGACAGAACAGAUGGAUGAGACUCACAUUUGCAUAAUUGCCAACAUUGUUUCUUCGGUAUCAUCCUCACCUGAUGAAAAGGCUGUGGCAAUUGGAAUCCUAAGCAAUUUGCCCGUGAGCGACAAGAAGGCCACGAGCAUGCUCGUGACCGCAAACUUACUGCCUGCUUUGGUUUCGUUAAUGAAUUCGAGCCCGAGCCUGAACCCCAGCCUGAACCCGAGCCCUGCAGCUUCAAUGGCAACGAGGCUGGGUGAGAGCAUUGCAGGAGUACUAAUCCGGUUCACCGUUCCUUCUGACAAGAAACUGCAGCAUUUCGCCGCCGAUCAAGGCGCCAUUCCCGUUCUCGUCAAGCUCCUCGCCUCCUCGGAUUCAAUAACCGCGAAAUCUAGAGCAGCCACUUGCCUGACACAGCUCUCACAAAACUCACUGUCUCUAAGGAAACCGAGAAAGCCGAGAUGGUUCUGUGGCCCUUCCUCCACUGACGGCUUCUGUGAACUCCAUGAUGGUUACUGCUCUGUCAAAACCACGUUCUGCUUGGUGAAGGCGGGUGCCAUAACGCCGUUAGUCCAGAUACUCGAGGGGCACGAUAGGGAAGCCGACGAGGCCGUCUUGAGCUGCUUAUCGACUCUGGUGCAAGACGAAACCUGGGAGAUUGGGUGCAAGUACCUGGUGAAGGAAAAGGGUGUUCAGUGUUUGGUUAAAGUUCUGGAAUUGGGGAGCAUUAAGGCUCAGGAGAAAGCUCUGUGGAUUCUGGAAAGGGUUUUCAGAAUUGAGGCUUAUAGAGUUGAGCAUGGGGAAUGUGCACAGCCAUUGCUGAUUGAUUUGGCACAGACUGGGGAUGCAAUUCUCAAGCCAACAGUGGCUAAGCUGCUGGCACAGCUUGAGCUCUUGCAAGCUCAAUCAAGUUACUUCUGAUUACUUCCGAGAUCACUCAUCUCAUCUGCUUCAAACACAUGUACAUUAGUUUCAAAUUACAGGGUUCUUUCAUUGGUUUUUUGCUUGUGUUCAUCCACGAUUUUU